CUCUGUAUGCUUUGGUCGGUCGAGGAGUGUGAAAAACUGAUUUUCUCGGAAAGAAAUUACACAAACAAGUUAUAAAACUAAAAAGUUAAUGUAAAUAUGUGGCAAAAUAGCCAUUUAAGGAACUUGAAAAGGGGAUAUAAAGAAAAUUUAUAAUAAAAAUAAUAUAUUGAGAAAUUUGAAGUGCAAAGGAGGAUAGUUUUUUGAUGGGAAAUGCCAAAUCACGCCAUAAGCUAUCCGUUGCAAAUGAAAAUUCUGCUAAUGUAAUUUCAAACUGCAAACGAAUCCAAAAAACUGCAGGAGGUAGGCCAGAAGAGCAGAAAUUUCGAAAAUCAACAACAACUAUAGCAUCAGCAGCUAAAUAUAACAAAACACAGUAUCAACAUUCGUUAGCAGCUGAUGAUGGCCAGCAACAACAACAACGACGUUUAAAACAGAGUUCUGUUUGGAGUUUGGGUAGCCUAAAUUGGAAUCUUUCAUUUUCUGGACGUAAUUCUCUAAAGCAACAACAUCAUAGGUCUAUACGCAGGAGCAGUUUUACAGCCAUACAACAACGUCGCUCAAAAACGCAAUGGCAUAAACCUCUAACAAAUACCAUUUUUAGUACACACUUUAAAGACACAAGUCGCAACAAAGAACUUCAUAUUGAACAGUUGGUCGCCAAAGGUGCUUAUGGUGUUGUUUUCAAAGUGAUUGAUAAAGAACAUCGCAACCGAAAUAAGAAACAAUAUAUCGAUAAUAAUAUUGAUGAUGUUUUACCUAACGGGACAUAUGCUUUAAAAGUUUUAAAGAAAUCAAAGAUUAUCGCUGAGAGUAGCGUACAACAAAUUAAAAACGAAGUCGAUAUACAAAAAGUUUGCGGUCAUUAUCCUUUCAUUGUCCGGCAAAUUGAUAUAUGGCAAAAUCGUCAUAAUUUACACAUAUUAUCCGAAUACGUACCUAAUGGGGAAUUAUUUUCAAAAAUUUGUACAUUUUCUUUGGAUUUGAUUCGUCUUUAUUUGGCUGAAAUUGCUUUGGCUUUGGAUUUUCUACACAACGCUGGAAUAAUUUAUCGUGAUGCGAAAUCAGAGAAUAUUCUCUUAACUCGUGAUUACCAUUUGAAAUUAACGGAUUUCGGUUUAAGCAAAUGGUUAAAAUUGGGUUUCACCACAAAGACAAUGUGUGGCACUCUACAAUAUAUGGCUCCUGAAAUCCUACAGGGCUUACCUUACGGCCAUUCCGCUGACUGGUGGUCCUUGGGUGUUAUCGUUUGUCAAAUGUUUAUGGAUAAGAAAUCUCCUUGCUUUACCAUCUAUCUACGCUGCAUGCGUUCUACUUAUCAAUAUUACAUAUUAAUGUAUGCGUAUGUGAACAGAACACAUGGCAAACGUUUUAUAACAAAUUCUCUAAUAAAUAUGUAAGUAACAUCCUUUGUUUCGCCUUUGUUUGUACAGCAGCACAUCGAUGGACAUUCAUUGUUAUUUUAAUAGAAUUUUAAUAGAAUCUAUCACUUGUCCUGUUUAUUUCUUAUAACAUAGUAAAUUGAAACUGGUCCAUGUCCAUGCGUGCGUUUUUCGUGAACCCAAGAUUUCUGCGGAAUUCUAAGGAACCCAUCAACCGAAAUGCAACAACAAAUAGAUCGAGAAGGCGAUCGACAGUUCGAUGCAAGUUUUUGAAUCAACUUCAACAACAAAUGCAUAAAAAAUUCGCACACAAAAAUAGCACACUCUCACAACUGAAAGCA